UAUACAGUAUGUAUAGAAUAUUAUCACCUGAAAGAUUGUUUUCUUGUGGUUGGACACACCAUUUGUAAUCAUGAUCUAUUGGACAGAUGAAUGGGUAUGUUGACACUUAGUUUGAGAUCAGGUCCACUUCUGUCAGAUAUUCAUCUUGCACCACCGUUUCAAAAAUGGCAUCGUGACGUGUCAACACAUGGACUGCCUAUUUAUGGCAACUUUCUUUCCAGAACACUGUCUGUUCUUGCCGCAGUGACAGAGAUGUGUUGCAGUCCAGCGUGGCCCCGGUCGUAUGCUGUGAAAUUCCUCCGCAGGAGAAAGUCCUCAUUGACCCGCCGUGACAGCGUCUGAGGGGAAACCCAACAGAGCGCCGAUUCAGCUGCCUGCAACUGGAUCCCGCCUCUUCGCACAGAGGGCCCGUCUCCUUCCCUCGCGAUGCUGCUCCUAUGACCCAGGAAGGAGGACCAAUGAAAGAAUCCCUCCCAUGUACCUGUCUCAGCUGUGGUUCUGUUUGUGGAGGUCGCAUGGAGAGGCUCUCCAUCUGGUUGUAAGACAGUGUCGCUCUCUUCGCUCUGCUCCACAUCUGAGUUUGGAGCUUUGGGGCUCAACGCCAGUCUCUUCUGGAGCCCACACCUCUGUAGCACUUUCACAAAGAAUGCAAAGUAUGACCUAAGGAUACCAAUACCAAGAGUAUCUUGCUACAGUGAUUCCACGAUAAUCUAUUGAGGAAAAAAAAAAAGGUGCAACUUUUGAAAUAUGUUCCAUCCAUCCAUUUCCUGAGCCGCUUAUCCUCACUAGGGUCGCGGGCAUGCUGUAGCCUAUCCUAGCUGACUUCAGGCGAAAGGUGGACUACACCCUGAACUGGUCGCCAGUCAGUCACAGGGCAACACGGACAACCAUUUGCACUCACAUUCACACCGUCACUGAGUGGGAACUGAACCCACGCUGCCUGCACCAAAGUCAGGGCAUCCGUUGAGGAUUCACAGCCUCAGCACAUGGUAGUCGAGGACGACAAAGGCAGCUCCGCCCCCCACCGCCGCAUGUCGACGUCCGACUGCAGUAGCACCCGACAGAGCAAACUUCCCCCCAAAGAUGUCGUCACUGACAUGAUGUUUAUGGUGGGCGGAUGGACCAAGGACGACCCCUCCUGUCUGGUCGAGCAAUUCUGUCCUGAGUAUAAUGAGUGGAAGACAGCAGCUCGCAUGGUCAAGCAGCGGGGCAAAGUGGCCGUGGGCACCCUGGACGACAAGAUGUACACAGUGGGUGGGGAAGACAACAUCCGAUGUUGCAGUAAUGUGGAGAGGUAUGACCCAGACACAGACAGCUGGAGUACGGAUGUAGCACCCUUGAGCAGCCCCCGCAGUGGAGUGUGCGUGGUGAACAUGGACGAAUACUUGUACGCUAUUGGAGGACACGAUGGUAUUGCAGCCAUAAAUACCGUGGAGAGGUACGAUCCAAAGAUGAAUGCAUGGAGCAAGCAGGCGCCCAUGCUGACAAGACGUACCAGAACUGUGGCUGCUGUGUUGGGUGACCACUUGUAUGUGAUUGGAGGCAAUGAUGGAGUCUUGGCCCUCAACUCAGUGGAGAAAUACAACCCUGAAGACGGCACCUGGUCGAUAUGUGCCCACAUGUCGACCCCCAGAGAGAACGCAGGCUGCGCAGUGUACCUGGGACACAUCUACGUGGCUGGGGGCAGAGAUGAUCUCGGUUUGAGUCUGUGCUCAGCGGAGCGCCUCGACCCGGACACCACAAGGUGGACUCCUGUCAAACGCAUGAGAAGCAAGAGGGACAAUGUGUCUCUUGUCGUGUUCAACGGUGCUUUGCUGGCUGUGGGGGGCACUGAUGGAGUCUCGGAUUUGAAAACAAUAGAAGUUUACAAUAGUGAAAGCAACACAUGGAGACACUUUGGAAGUAUGAAGAGCAAGCAUCCAGGAGGCAGAGUGGCUGUGCUUUACUGAGACCCAACAAUGUAGUGUUAUUACAAGAGCGGGACAGAACUGAUAGAGAGAAGAUAGGCUAAUGGAUGCCUGUGCCACGCUUCAGGACAUGCUGUGAUAAGCUUCAAGCCCUGGCAGCAUAAUGACUGAAUAAUUGAACAGUUCACUCAAAAAUGAGCAUUAGUAAACCGCUGGUACAAAACAACUCCACGCAUUGAAUUGAAGUACAUUAUAGGCUGAAAGGUUACCUUCCUGCUAUUUUUGUCAUAAAUAGAUCUUUUAGAGGUAGUCUAUGCAUCCAUACACAAUAAGAGUAGACUAAGCAUUGUGUUGAUUGUGUAAGGUGCAGCGGAACCUCUCAAUGUACAAUAAAUUCAAGCGAUAUUUCCCACAGGAAAUAAUGGAAAUAGAGUUUAGGGAGGAGUUUAUAAAGAAGUUAACUAAUGUUAAGAGGAGAAAACAGUGACCCAAAAAAAAAAAAAAACACCCACUGUCUUAACGGUAAGGACAGGGGGUCCUCGAUUUACAAUGGUACAAACACCAUCCAACAAUCUUCUAUACCUUUUAUCUUCAUUAGGGUCACAUUCCGCGAAAUAUACACAGUGGAUCCCUGCAUACUAGAGGUUCGGCACCUGAGGAUUCACCUACUCACAGAUUAUUAUUUUUUUUUUUUUUGUUUAAAUUAUUUUUUUUUAUGGAGGGACCGAACCUCCAUUUUUUGUGGAAAACACUUAUUGGUGGUAUAUCACAGCUUAUUGAAGAAUUUUGGGGGGGGGGGUUUGUUUUUUAUUUCUCAGUUCAAUUAUAAUGGGCUUCAAUUAUUUACAGAUUUUCACUGUUUGCGGUUGGACACAGUCUCUAUUCUGGGGGUCCACAGUCCUGAAAAGUUAAAGACAACUGGACUUUACUUAUGCAAUGAUUCUUUCACAUACCAUCACAGGGAGCCCCAGUAGCACUUUGAUAAUCGCUGGUCUAAUACUUUACUAGCCCCACUGUGGAGAUUUCAGCAAAAUAAAGCAUAGUACAGUCAUCCCUCGCCAUAUUCCGGUUCACUUUUUGCAAUCUCACUAAAUCGCAGAUUUGUUUUAAUUGUACAUAUCUAAUUUUAUAUCACGGACUUUCUGCUGAUUUUUCUAGGAUAGUUUGUCCACACGGACUAUGUUAUUAGAGACUCACGUAGCAAUAACAGCCAUAAGGGAAGAAUGGGUAAAAGACAGGGACGUUAGAGAUCAUUUCACACAGGUGCAAUGUGUCUACUGCAAAGCAGAACUGGUUACACAACUGUAUGUCUACAGUUAAGUAAACAUAAUGUAAUAUAGCCCUAGAAGCCAUUAGAACUAAUUGUAAUAAGGUGGUCAAAGACCGACACAGCCAUCCGUGCACUUUCAAUUGCUUUAUUGGUAAAUGGAAAUGGCGUACACUUACGUAGAAAGCAGUUCAUCUACACCAGUGAUUCCCAACCUUUAUUGAGCCAAGGCACAUAUUUUACAGCCAUCCAACUCUAAACUGUCAUUCUUUGACUCCCACGUCACUCAACAGGCCAGGUCUGUCACAGAUACUCCAGUGUGGAAUGUGAGGAUGGUGACCCCAAGUGGAGAAAAACAGUACCUGCACCUCACAUGCAUAUUUUGUAUUGGUCUUAUGCAUAAAGCUUUAAAAUAUAUACACAUAAUAAAGUAGAUCUAUGUUUGUUACUUUGCGGAUUUUUGUCUUUCAUGGGGGGUUCUGGAAUUUAACCCCCAUGAUAAACAAGGGACUAGUGUACAGUAAAAUCAUAAAACUAAAAACAGUGUAACGUCGGCGUACCUUACUGGACCUCAGUUCAUCGAGCAUCAAGGUUUAGGACUAGGACUUUUAUUCUGCCUCGCAAUCAUCAUUAAAGUUAAAUGAGUGAGAAUUUAUGCAUGAACGUGAGUAAUUAAUAAAUGAGGGUUUAGUGUAUUAAUAUUACAGUGGUUAACCUAUUUUUAAAUGUGUAUGGUGUUGUAUGAUUGUUUGACCCUGGAAAGAUUAUUCCUACUCUCAUUAUUUCUUAUGGGGGGGGUAAUUGAAAGUGAGACCACUGUCCCGAUGGAGUUUGUGAUCUUUUGUAUGUGUACAAGACAUGUAUUGAUCACAAAAUUUCCGUACAUGCAAAGUUUGGAGUAAAACAUGUUUUUGAAUGAAACAGAAUAUUAUGAAAGUGUAUUAUUAUAUUA